GUGGAUGGUCAGGGCAUGGGACACAUGAGGAGGGGUUUGGGAAUGGAGGGUGCCUAGUCAAGGUUUGUACCUCACCUGGGAUGUUGUUCCACCCUGGUCUUUUCCAAACCACCUUCAAUGCCCACCUCGGAGAAAGAAGUUCCAUGAUGUGGUUUACCCAGCAGUGCAUUUUAUCCCUCCCUGAAACACCAUGCAUCCACACCCUUCCCUGAACUUCCCAUCUCCAAGCCAUGGAGUCAGGGCCACAGCCUUUGCUAUGCACCCCUCAAGCCUCUCCCUGGCACUGACCCUGGAUCCCCAUCAUCUGUACCCAGUGAGUAGAGGACUGGGUCCCAUUCCUGCUUUUGGUUUACUGUCUUCCUUUUUAUGGCCAAGCUAGUUGCUGUGCAGAUGAGAUUGCUCACCCUCACUAUCCUGGCUGGCCUGUCCCUCAGACCUGGGAUGCUCUCGGCAUCACUCUCCCCCUCCUCCACACAGACAUGUCCUCCCUGCUCUGACAACAGGUGUGCAAAAUGGGACAGCUGCAUUCCAGCAGGCCUGCCCACUCCUUCAGUUCAGGUAAUACCUUUGUGAAUCUUCCAGCACCUGGUUAGGGUCCCGGGCACUACAGGCAGCCCCUCACCGAAGCCAGGGCCUCCUCCUCUUACAGCAGCAAGGGAGCCUUGGGCCCCAGGCCUAUUGGGCUCCUCAUCUCCCAGCACCCGCUUUUGGGAAAAUGACUUUUCCUCUUUGAGCUGAACCACUCUGUCCAUAUUACACAGAAGCCAUAUUUGUACGAGGGGGGCGGGGGGAGAGGGGCCGUUGUGCUGUGUGUGUCUGUCUAUGGGUGGGGGUGGGGGAUGGGAGCAGGGAGGGGAUCGUGUAUCUUUAUAAUCUUUCUAACUCUCCUGUGCUAAUCUCAGAGGGACCAUCCUCAAUAUAUCUGGAUUAUCCAUGUGGUCCGGCUGCUUCCUUUCUGCUGCUGUCACUGCUGGCUGGGCUGCGUGUAAAAAGGGCUGUUCCGUGUCCUUGGCACCUGGUACUUAAGGGGUACUGUGUUUUUGCCAUGUCGUUUCUCCUAAGAGCAUCUGUGUGUGGAAGUGAGGGAGAGAGAGCGUCUGAGUCCUGUGGUUCCCAGAGAGCAUUUGAAUUGGAAGCCAGUCAACUGACUGCCACCCUCUGCCCAGCUGGAGGUGAAGACUGCCACCACCACCAUCUAGGAAGGAGAGUAUCACCACACCUUCCCAACCUCACUUUCCCUAGCCUCCCUGGUGCUAAGCCUGAAAAGUGAGCUGGUAUCCUGGGAGAGAGAUGUGGGAUGGAAGGAUUUCUACUUAGUACCCAUCUUUUCCCACCUUUGUCUGCGGGGUUAUUUUUCCUCAGGGAGCACUAUCUGAAUGAAUGUGAAGUUUCUGAAGAGACCUGUGCUUAAAACAUCCCAUGCUUUCUUGCACAAGUGAAAGUGUCCCAUGUUCUAAUCUCUAUCUCAUUGUUCUGACUUACAUGCUCUGAUUCAUCCCUUCCUACAUCCAGACUCUAUCACCUCAACUGAGGAAAUAGUAUGUAGAGAUGGAUGGUGGGACAAAAUUGGAGAGACCCUGGAAAGCAGGUGGGGGAGAGGCCACCAAGGAGACGAGGCUUUAGAUUGUGGGCAUCUACCUGCUGGACAAAUACCCAGUGUUUCUGCUGGCCAGAGGAAUAGCAAUUCCCCUUCCUCCCAUAAAGAAACUUUACUUAUUGCCAAGAUGGCAGGCCAACAAAGUCGGCCUGGAACCUGUAUAUCCUUCAAUAGAAUACAAAUAGUGAUUACCCAGCAGGCAACCAUCUCACUUUAAAAUAUACUGUUCCAUGUCCUCUGAGAGUCUAUUUUAGUGUGUCAGACCAUGUGUUCUGCUUGAUGUGAGAGAUACAUUCGUUGAGCUCAUAGGUAGUGAGGCAAAUGCCCAAAUGCUCCCUGAAGGAGAGUCAUUAUACAGGCUUGACAGGCCUCCAAUCCUCCCUCCCGCUCACCCUGAAGCACCCAUACCUCAAGAUGAUAGUGCACACACCCAGGCACCGCCUGGCACCUAGCACUAGGUGUGGGCACACUGAUACCCAACCCAGGCAGGCAAAUAAAUAGGUGUAUUUUCUUACUCAUUCUGAUGCACACUAAAUGCCCCCACUUAAAUGCAUAUCCCUCAAUCUGGAGAGAGCCAACAGCAAAUACCAUUAUCCUGCCUUGCCCCAAACAUAACUUUGAACUCUUUCCUUGGAUCUCAUUCAAGAGGAUGGAGAGCAGUGAGAGUCAUCAGCUGCCUGUUCACUCCUACUUCCCAGCACCUCCCUUACUCUGCCUCACAAGUCACCCCUGGCCCCUCAUCCUUCCUUGUAUUUGAAGAGUCCUCACUUGCUGGAAAGCACCUUGAUUUCUUCUUUGCCAACUCUGGGAAAAUUCCCCCUUUGUGGUCCUCGCCUUGUUCUUUUCCUGAGACCACCCUGACCAAACUCAACUUCAAAACAGGAAGCUCCAGGCCAGUGCCCUAUAUUGGCCUGAGGUUUAAAGUAGGCAGUAGGCGUGGGGUAGAGCUUCCUGAGCAUACCCCCCACCCACCCACUGGCUCUGCCCAGAACCUGAGGGCCUUCAUUAGCUCUGGGCACUUAUCUUGGAACCACAGCUGCUAACAGUGUCCCGGCCCUUUACUCUGCCUGCUCUGAGCCUGCAGUGCCAUGGGGAACUGUCUGCACCGGGUGGAAUCUUCCUUUUCACUAGACAAGAACAGAAGUCAGGGUUUUUUUGAGAACUACAUCUGGGAUUUUUCCUAUGAAGAUAACACUUCGUAUGAAUUUUCUGAGGACUACAAUGUGGACGCAGCUGCCCCCUGCCAUUCCUGUAACCUGCUCAAUGACUCUUCGUUACCCUUCUUCAUCGUCACUAGCGUCCUGGGUGUGCUGGCAAGUGGCGCCGUCCUCUUCGCACUUCUCAGACCUGUCUUCCACUGGCAGAUCUGCCCUAGCUGGCCCAUCCUGGCACAGCUGGCAGUGGGGAGUGCCCUCUUCAGCAUCGUGGUGCCCAUCCUGGCACCAGGGAUAAACAGCGCCCAUAGCUCUGCUCUGUGCUACCUGGGCUCCUGGGUCUGGUACAGCUCAGCCUUUGCCCAGGCUCUGCUGAUAGGGUGUCAUGCCUGCCUGAAUCCUAAAUUGAAUAUAGGCCAGGUCCCAGGCCUCACCUUGGGGCUCACUGUGGGACUUUGGGGAGCAGCUGCACUGUUAGGGUUGCCAAUCACCCUGGCCAGUGAUGUUUACCAGGGCUUCUGCACCCAUGUAUCCAGCAGGGGCCUGGGAGCUCUGAAGUCCACACAUGCUGUAAUCUGUUUUAUCAUUUUCACCUUGUUACCACUGGGGUUUUUGGCAGCUAAGGGGAUGAAGAAGGCAUUGAGCAAAGGGCCAGGCCCCUGGUUCAAUGUCCUGUGGAUCUGGUUCAUUUUCUGGUGGCCCCAUGGAGUGGUUCUGGGAUUUGAUACCUUGGUGAGGUCCAAAGUCUUACUUCUGCCAACAUGUCUGGCCCAGCAGAUUCUAGACAUGAUGCUGCAACUGGCAGAAGCCCUGGCCAUAUUGCACUGUGUGGUUACACCCCUGCUUCUGGCCCUGUUCUUCUACCAGGCUACCCGUACUUCCUUGUCCUCCCUCUCUCUCCCUGCAAGACAGUCUUCUCAUCUGGACACCUUUGCAGGCAAAUCCUAGCUCUCUACCCACCUGUCAACCCGAAUUAAAGUCGCACUGCUUUUAUGAA